ACUGUAUAUUUAUUUAAAAUAAUACAGAAACAACGAUUUUUGGAACGAAAACGAGCAAAUUUAGUAAAGUUGUGUGUCGUCCGUCCUUGAUCCACGCAACAGAUGGCCGUCACGUUUGCAACAAAAUUAUUUCCCCUCACCAUCCUUUCAGUUUAGUUUGCCUUUCGUCCUUGAAUGGAUGCGUUGGAAAUUCUCUCUUCGCCCAUCACUUGGGCGGUAACAGUCGGCACUCUGUACAUCUUUUACAGGUAUGUCACGUCUACCUUCAAUUACUUUUCUGAUCAAGGAAUUCCUGGCCCCAAACCAAUGCCCUUUUUUGGCAAUAUGUGGGGCAUCUGGAAAUCGAAUCUUCCAGAGUACGACAUGUCAUUGGUGAAAAAGCAUGGCAAAGUGUUCGGUUAUUAUGACGGACCGCAACCGAACCUGUGGAUAACAGACUUGGAAUUGAUCAAGGCCAUCUUUGUCAAAGAUUUUGAUCAUUUUGUUGACCGCAGAACAUUUAACUUCAAAACGAAAAUUGUCCGGAAAUGGUUGACAGUCGUAAAGGGCAAAGAGUGGAAGGAUAUCAGGUCGUCAGUUACUCCAGCGUUCACUACUGGGAAAAUCAAGCGCAUGUCGCUGCUGAUUAAAGAAUGCGUCGAAAUAUUGAGUAAUAGAAUUAGCGCCGUCGCCCAAAGUGAAGGAAAGAUGAACGCCAAACUGAUUUAUGGCGCUUUCACGAUGGACGUAAUUGCUAGGUGCGCUUUUGGCCUCAAAAUUGACAGUCUUGGUAACAAAGACGACCCGUUCAUAAAAAAUGCUCAGUUCAUUUUUAACCCUCCAACUAGUAAAACACCACUCAUCUUACUACCCUUCAUGUACCCCAAGUUAUUUUCCUUGGUUGGCGAAAGUAUGUUUGUCACCAAACAGUUGAAAUUCUUUUUCGAACUAUUGCAGAAUAUUCUCCGAGAACGAGCGCAAUCGAAACAGAAAUAUCACGACUUUAUUGAAAUGGCACAUGAGGCCAUUUCCGAAUUCACGAAGGUAGUCGAUGGCAAAACGGUGCCGAUGUGGUCACCCGAGGAGAUAAAAGAAAUUGUGAUAGGCCAGUCGACGCUGUUCUUGUUAGCCGGGUUCGAUCAGACGGCCACCACCUUGACCAACACCUGCUUCCAACUGGCCAGGAAUCCGGAUAUUCAGGAAAAGCUGCACGAAACCAUCUUGCAGAAACUGGAAGAUUAUGAAGAUGUAUGCCACGAAAUGGUCCAAGAUAUGCCCUAUCUCGAACAGAUUAUCCAAGAGGUUUUGCGCUUUUAUCCUGCAUCUCUACGAACGGAGCGGAUGUGUACGAAAGAUAUCUCUUACGAUCAUGGCGGUGGUCGUAUUCACAUCAAAAAAGGAGUUUUAGUUACCGUUCCAAUCUAUGCCGUUCACCACUCGGAGGAAUACUACCCUGACCCAGAAACGUUUGAUCCCGAAAGGUGGAAUCCCGAGAACAAAGUCAAGCGCAACCCGUACAGUUUCAUGGCGUUCGGAGCGGGUCCGCGCAACUGCAUUGGGAUGCGCUUCGCCAUGGAAGAGCUCAAAUUUGCUAUCACCACACUGGUCAAACAAUUUCGUUUCUUUCCAGUUGAAGAAACUCCGGAAAAACUCCGUUUUGAUGUCGGAUUCCAGCCAGCUUUACAGCCUAUGAACGCCAUAUUGGGCAUUGAACUCCGUCAACCCAAUUAAAGCAAAAAAAUUAAUAAAUAAUAAAAAA